AUGUUCCCUCAUCAUGCUGUUAGCAAGUGCUUUGCCCUGUUCUUAAUGGCAGAUUAUUCGAUUGCUCAAAGCACUUUACUCAAGGGGGGGACAAUUAUUAGUUUCGAGGAAGGAGAAAAUUCCCUGCAGGUCAUUCGAGAUGGUUCUCUUCUGAUAAUACAAGAUCGGAUCACUGGAAUAUACAGGGCCGGAGAGACACCUGAUUCCAGUCUAAACUACUCGACAGUUGACGUUACAGGCAGAAUCAUCACACCAGGAUUCAUCGAUACUCAUCGCCACGGCUGGCAAACCGGCCUUAAGACUCUCGGAUCAAAUACUAGUCUUUGGGAGUAUUACGAUCGUUAUUCUGAAUAUGCGGCGGGAAGUUCCUAUGCUAUCGAAGAUGUCUAUAUUGGCCAACUUGCAGGCCUUCUCGAAGCUCUCAAUGCCGGUGUAACUACCACCCUUGAUCAUGCGCACCACACUUGGUCCAAUGAUACCUCAAAAGCAGGGAUUCAAGCGAGCAUCGACAGUGGGGCCAGGGUGUUUUGGUCAUAUGCGUUCCAUGACCUACCGGACUUCACAGUUUCUGAGCAGUUUGCUAAUUUUCGAGAUAUUGCGGAAGUGGGAACAUUUCAGAACACAGCUACAACUCUUGGAAUAGCGUGUGACUUCUUUGGACCUGAUCCUACCCUCGAAAAUGUUCAGAGGGUUGUCGAACUAGCCUUAGAGUUUAAUGUCUCGGUGGUCACUACGCAUACAGUUGAGGGGCCUUUUGGAGCAAGAAACGGCCCUCUAGACGUCCAUAGCGCCGGGCUCCUCAAUACUACAAUUCCGGUCAUCUUCUCUCACGCGUCUUUUCUCACUUAUCAAGAUCACCAGCUACUCCAACUCACCAAUCAGUACAUUUCAAUUACUCCUGAGUCCGAGAUGCAUUAUGGUCAUACACAUCCAAACAACCACUUAGCUAUGGACCAGGCUGCACUUGGUGUUGAUACUCACUUUACCUUUUCUUCCGAUAUAUUGACUCAGGCUAGGAUAUGGUUACAGAAAGCACGCUAUACAAUGUAUGACUGGGCAUUAAAGGCUUGGCGAGUGCCCUCUAAUAACCCGAUGUCUGCCAACCAGGCAUUUCUACUCGCAACACGAAAAGGAGGCUUAGCCCUCCGCCGACCAGACCUCGGGGUUAUUUCAGAAGGAGCAAAAGCAGACAUUAUUGUAUGGGAUGGCACAUCACCAUCCUUACUUGGGUGGAAUGAUCCCGUAGCAGCAAUUAUGCUGCACGCAAAUGUUGGGGAUAUUGAACACGUUCUUGUGGAUGGAAAGUUCGUUAAAAAGGAUGGCAAAAUAACUAAUCCUGACUAUCCAAGUAUCCGGGAAAGGUUUCUUGAGCACGCUAGAAGGAUACAAGACACCUUCCUUGCCAUUCCGAAGCCGGCCCCUGCUAAAGACGAGCAUUUCAGAGGCGGUGGUGCUGAAUUGAUGGUAAUUCCUCAGCUUGAUGUGACUAGGGGAGAUGGCAAUGGAUACGGGACGGACUUUUUGCAGUUUUCAGGAACUCAGUGA